AUGGAGUUCAAGAAUCAUCGGAUCUUUGUGGAAUUUGAUGGCUGUAACUGGAAGCAACAUGCCUGGGUGAAAGUCCAUGCUGAAGAAGUUAUCGUGUUACUGCUGGAAGGAUCAUUGGUUUGGGCACCUCGAAAUGAUCCAGUUGUGCUUCAGGGGACUCGAGUCUCACUAGCACAGUGGCCUGCAUUGACCUUCACACCUCUAGUAGAUAAACUGGGUUUAGGUUCUGUGGUCCCAGUGGAGUUUCUUCUGGACAGACAUUUACGUUUCCUGUCUGAUGCCAGUGGAUUACGUUUGUUUCAGAUGGGAACAGAGAGUCAAAAUCAGAUUCUGCAGGAACAGCCUUCACUAAGAGAGUCUGUCAAUGCAUUGAUCAGUGACCAGAAGCUUCAGGAGAUAUUUAGUAGAGGUCCUUACAGCGUCCAAGGCCAAAGAGUUAAGGUUUACCAACCCGAGGAUGAAAAUAGCUGGCUCUGUGGAGUUGUGAGCCGUCAAGACCCGAUAACUCGUCUUAUGGAGGUGUCGAUGGCUGAGAGUGGUGAAAUUAAGUCGGUGGAUCCUCGACUGGUUCAUGUGGUAAUGGAUAACACUUCUCCAACUGAGGGAGGUGGCGUAAAAGCAGCUAAAUCAUCUAAAGGGAAAAAGAAGAAAGAAAGCCUGGAGGGAAAGGAUGGGCGGAGGAGGAAAAAUACUUCAGAUUCUGGGUGUGAUCCUGCGACAAAGAAACUAAAGGAGAAGGGUGAGGUGGAUAGCAAUGGUAGUGAUGGAGGUGAGGCAAACAGAAGUCCUUGGAAAGGAGUCUCCAAUAGCGAUACAGGACUAGAUCCAAGGGCAAAACAGUUGCCUUCAUUCAUUCCUCAGAUUAAUCGCAAUAUUCGCUUUGCCACUUACACCAAAGAGAAUGGCCGAACACUGGUAGUCCAGGAUGAGCCAGUUGGUGGUGACACACCAUUGCCCUUCACUUCAUUUUCCCCUGUGGCUGGACAAGCGUUACUAGUUGGAGCUGGAUGUAAAGAGCCAGGAAAAUCACUGGAACAGGUUGGUCAAGGCACGGUGACUUCUGCAACUGCAGUUACUACAACUGCUUUGACACCAACAACUGUGAGAAUCUCUGAUACCAGUUUGCCAGCUGUUAGUGGACAGGAGAAACUGAAAACAGGCCGAUCGCAAGCCCAGGGAGAGAAUUCCCGAAAUUCACUUUUGGCUUCUUCUGGAUUUGGAGUCUCUCUCCCAAGUGCUUCCCAGUCCUUGGUAUUUGGGGGUGGGAGGAGCCAGUCAAAUGGAGUGGUCACUCCAGAAAGCAAGCCUUCUGGAUUUUCUUUUGGCUGUAGUGCUGGACAAGAGGCUCAGAAAGAUUCUGAUCUGUCCAAGAACUUGUUUUUUCAAUGUAUGUCCCAAAAUCUACCUUCCAGUAACUACUUCACAGUCAUUUCGGAGAGCUUGACUGAAGAUGCCUCUAGUCGAGACUCAUUCAAGCAGUGUACAGAGAGUGCAAGUGCUGGGAUCUGUAAAGGUAAAAUCCUUUCAACGGACCCUAAAUCAGGAGCCCAGCCUGUCGGUUCUGUGGAGCGGAAGUUGCCUGUGGAAUCUAUGCCUACUCUGACUCCAGCCUUUUCACGAAGUCUGUUGAAAGCUCGUCCCCCAGAUAGUCAUGAAAAUCUGUUUUUACAGCCCCCAAAGCUAUCAAGAGAGGAGCCCUCAAACCCUUUCCUGGCAUUUGCUGAGAAAGCAGAACUUAGUCCUUUCAGUGGCUUUGCAUCUUCAUCUCAGACAGGGGUUUCUACCCCCACUACACCUGUGGGUCAUAAGGCUGCUUCUGGCUGGCCAGAAUCACUCACCUCUGCAGACUCUUCGCUAUCUAAGAAGAAAACUUUGUUUAUAACAACUGACUCCUCCAAGAUGAUCUCCAGUACUGCUGGUUCAACAGUUGCUGCUGGUGUUCAGAGCCCUUCCUCUGUAGGGAAUGGCCGCGCUAGCUCACCGACCAGCAACCUGACACAGCCUAUUGAGAUGCCCACGCUUUCCUCCAGCCCAACAGAAGAAAAACCAGCUGUUGGGCCUGGGCAGCAGGACAAUCCUCUUCUGAAAACUUUCUCUAAUGUGUUUGGCAGACAUCCGCCUGGCUUUUUCUCUUCACAGGCAGAUUUUCCACAGGAGAACAAAGCCCCUUUUGAAGCUGUGAAGAGGUUCUCUCUAGAUGAGCGGAGCCUGAUGUCCAAGCAGGACUCAGACUCCAGUACCAAUAGUGACCUGUCAGAUUUGAGUGACUCUGAAGACCAGUUGCAAGCCAAGGCUUGUAUGAAGGGAAUCCCGGACCACUUGAUGGCAAAGCUAGGCCCCAACGCAGAGCGCAAUGCUGAACUGCUGCUGGGGAAAGGAAAAGGGAAGCAAGCCCCAAAGGGCCGGCCUCGCACAGCUCCCCUAAAAGUUGGCCAGUCUGUGCUGAAAGAUAUGAGUAAGGUGAGGAAGCUGAAGCAGUCAGGUGAGCCUUUUCUCCAGGAUGGCUCUUGCAUCAAUGUAGCUCCACAUCUGCACAAGUGCCGGGAGUGCCGUCUGGAGCGGUACCGCAAGUUUAAGGAGCAAGAGCAGGAUGACUCAACUGUGGCAUGUCGCUUCUUCCAUUUCCGGAGGCUGAUAUUUACCCGGAAAGGUAUUCUACGAGUAGAGGGUUUCUUGAACCCACAGCAGAGUGACCCUGACGCCAUGAGCCUAUGGAUUCCUUCCCCCUCCCCAGCAGAAGGGAUUGAUCUGGAAACUUCCAAAUAUAUCCUGGCAAAUGUUGGGGACCAGUUCUGCCAGCUUGUUAUGUCAGAGAAGGAGGCAAUGAUGAUGGUGGAGCCACAUCAGAAGGUGGCGUGGAAGCGAGCAGUACGUGGUGUGAGGGAAAUGUGUGAUGUAUGUGAAACUACACUCUUCAAUAUUCACUGGGUUUGUCGCAAGUGUGGUUUUGGGGUCUGUCUGGACUGUUACAGGCUGAGGAAGAAUCGUCCACGUAGUGAGACAGAGGAGAUUGGUGAUGAGGAGGUCUUCUCAUGGCUGAAGUGUGCAAAGGGUCAGUCUCAUGAACCAGAGAAUCUUAUGCCAACACAGAUCAUUCCUGGUACAGCGCUUUACAAUAUUGGAGACAUGGUUCAUGCAGCACGAGGCAAAUGGGGUAUUAAAGCCAAUUGUCCUUGUAUUAACCGACAGAACAAAUCGGUGUUGAGACCGGCUGUCACUAAUGGAAUAUCACAGCUUCCAGCUGUAAAUCCUAGUGCAUCAAUCUCUGGAAGUGAGAGCACCUUUUCCACUGGAGCAGGGACAGCAGGAGUAGGGCAACUAGAAAUGGACACUGUUCCAAAAUCUGAAGCAAGUGAUAGUAGGAUAGAAGAAUCUGCAAAAACAGAGACAUUACCAACCAAUAACACUGGUGAAAUAAAGACUACCAGACCGCUUUGUCCAGAAACAACUCCGUCAUCAGCCUUACACUGGCUUGCGGAUUUAGCAACGCAGAAAGCAAAAGAAGAAACAAAAGAAUCGGGAUCACUGAGGUCAGUGCUUAAUAAAGAAUCCCAUUCGCCCUUUGGAUUGGAUUCCUUCAACUCCAGUGCAAAGGUUUCCCCACUAGCCCCAAAGUUGUUUAAUAGCCUCCUCUUGGGCCCAGUGACAUCUAGCAACAAAGCUGAAGGCUCCAGCCUCAGAGAUCUACUGCACACAGGGCCAGGAAAGCUUCCUCAGGUCCCGUUAGACACAGGAAUCCCCUUUCCUCCGGUCUUUUCUGCAGCUUCUGCGGGGGCCAAAGGUAAAGCCAGUCUGCCCAACUUCUUAGACCAUAUAAUUGCUUCUGUGGUGGAAAAUAAGAAGACAUCUGAUGCUGCAAAACGAGCUAGUAAUUUAGCUGACACCCAGAGAGAGGUGAAGGAAAUGGUAAUGGGCUUAAAUGUGCUGGAUCCACACACUUCGCACUCUUGGUUGUGUGAUGGUAGACUGCUUUGCCUUCAUGAUCCUAGCAACAAAAACAACUGGAAGAUCUUCAGGGAGUGUUGGAAACAAGGCCAG